AUUAAUUCUUUCAUUUCUUCAUCAGCUGACUGCCACACUCUCAUCUAUUCUCUGCAACUCAUUCACCAUGGCUGCAUCUCUAACUACAUUCUCCAGGCUUAUCUCUUCCACCACCGUCUCUCUCCUCCCUCCCAAAACCCUCACUCCCAAAAUCUCUAUUCGCCUUCCGGCUCGCCGCCACGCCAAGCCUCUCAGAUUCUCCUCCUCCUCCUCCCCCAUCACCGCUGCCAUCGGCGUCGGCGACAAGCUCCCGGAGGCCACCUUCUCCUACCUGGAUUCGGAUGGAGAGGUGAAGACGACGACGGUGUCGGAGCUGACGAAGGGGAAGAAGGCGGUGCUGUUCGCGGUGCCGGGCGCGUUCACUCCCACCUGCUCACAGAAGCACGUGCCGGGCUUCGUGGAGAAGUCGGGGGAGCUGAAGGCGAAGGGGGUGGACACCAUUGCAUGCAUUUCGGUGAACGAUGCUUUCGUGAUGAAGGCUUGGAAGGAGGACCUCAAGGUUAACGACGAGGUGCUCUUGUUGUCCGAUGGAAACGGAACGUUCACGAAAGCCAUUGGGUGCGAGCUCGAUCUCAGCGACAAGCCUGUUGGGUUGGGGGUUAGGUCGAGGCGCUACGCUCUCUUGGCCGAGGAUGGGGUUGUGAAGCUCUUCAAUUUGGAGGAAGGGGGUGCCUUCACUUUCAGUGGCGCUCAGGACAUUCUCGAUGUCCUUUGAACUCGGUUCUUGUAAUUCUUCUUCCUCUUUCUCCGGAUUUCGCUUUCUCCUCGCACACGAGUUACCCUUUUUUAAUUGGUUUAGAGUUUUGUUAAUAAUGUCGAUGAAUUAGACCUGAAUGGUGUUAUCUCUGCCUGUAAUAAUAAAACCCUGUGCUGGUGUUGAGCUUUUUUUGGC